AUGACUAGUUCGAAAGCAUGCCGUUCGUCUACAAGUCUUGAACAACCGUAUGGAAAUAUCUCAACACGAUGUACACCUGGUUGGCAUCGGCGUCCAUUACCAAAAAUAGCUAUUCCAUUUAAUUCUGAUCAUGGCAAACGAUUGUUUCGCGAAGCACUUCUCACUGAUGGUUUACAUGGAUAUUUUAGCUUAGCCGAAACAUUUCAUACACAAGCUGAACCAUCCUAUUGUGGUCCUGGCACACUUUGCAUGGUAUUGAAUAGUUUAAAUAUCGAUCCAGGUACAAUCUGGAAGGGUAAUUGGCGUUAUUUUGAUGAACAUACACUUCGUACAUGUGAUAAACGCAAACCAAAAGAGAAACCGCUAGAAAAUGUUUUAGAACAAGGUAUUACAUUUGAAGAAUUCCUUUAUCUUGCUGAAUGCAAUGGCGCAUCGAUUAUUCCAUAUCUUGCUUCGAAUACAACACUCGCACACUUUCGUUCAGCUAUAUUAGCUGCUUGUACACGUCGUUUAGAUGAUGUUCGCCUUGUAUGUAGUUACAAUCGAAGUGUCCUGGAACAGACAGGUACAGGACAUUUCUCACCGAUUGCAGGAUAUCACGUCAAAGAAGAUUUGAUUCUAAUUCUCGACGUUGCAAGGUUUAAAUAUCCAUCACAUUGGAUUUCAGCCGAGUUACUUUGGCAGUCAAUGUGUACAAUUGAUCCCGCAACCAAUAAAUCUCGUGGAUUUUACUUAGUUGCAAAAUGGCCACGUGAUUUCUCGACGCAAUGUGGUGUAGAUAAUUGUGAAGACGACAAUGAGCAAAAUUUAGCAAUCGAGAAAAGAUUUUGUUCGUCCGAAGAAACUCUAUUAUUAUUCAUCGAAAAUCAUCUUCGUCCGCUCGCUAAUUCGAAUUUAUCAUUCGAGUCAUUAGUUAUUACAGUUCUACAAGCAUUGCCAUUAGUGGUUAUACAGCAAACGACAAAAUGGACGUUUGAUGUCAUGCAAAAAUAUCGUCUAGAUGCUGUUUCAAAGUCCAAAUGCGCUCAAGAAUGCCAGUGCGUGAAUAUUUUUCAAUCCUAUCCAUCAUUUUUACCAGAAAAUGUCAGUGAUAAUUCCGUUGUUGACGAUGCCGAUUGCCGAAAGCCGUGUGCUCGUGUCACUCGUUCACAUGUGCAUGCGUAUGCCAUGCCGACUCGAUGUGCUCUCGCCCCUUUUAUCGAACUAUUUCAGAUCGAGAGUAAUCGAAAAUUAUAUGAAAAAUUCGAACAGAUGAAUAUCGAACAAUACUUAACUUUGACAGAAAAUAAACCGAUGUACUUAUUCGGUGGUUUGUCAUCGAUGGUUGAUGAUAAUGGUAUGAUGAAAAGAAUUGAAUACGGAUUAACUGCGAUCUUUUUCUAUGCACUUCGGACAGACACGUUUCUUUCGUCUGUUGGCUUACUUGAUUCAAGUAAUGUGUCAAACGAACUGAAAGAUGAAAUUAAUUAUGCUAAAGCUUGUUUUGGAUUGUAA